ACUAGUCACAUGUCUGCCGCUCUGCCUCUUUCUGAAGUUGAGGAAAAACUUUUGACACGCUCGCAGGAGGUGAAUCGAAACCAUCGUUCAACAUUUAGGACGAAAAAAAAAGCGUCACUGCAGUCAUUUCCUGAAAAGAAACCAUGGAAUCCGUUGCCCAGAAAGUGCUAACUUCAGGUUUUGCUCUCGACUUGGGACCCCUCAAAGAGCCUUUGGCGUUCAUCCGGUUGCUCGAAUGGGUGUUCUCAAUUUUUGCCUUUGCCACAACUGGAGGCUACAGCGGUACAAGCAGUGUCAAUGUCCAGUGUCCUGGCAGCCAAAUUAAAGAAAUCCACGCAAACUUCAACUACCCAUUUAGGUUGAUGGCACAUCCUUACGAAGUCCCCACCUGUGUUGUCAAUCAAACCAAGCCAGUGGUUUUAUACCUGACUGGAGAUUAUGCGUCAUCAGCACAGUUUUACGUCUGCAUUGGAGUGUUAGCGUUUCUUUAUAGCACCGCUUCCCUCGUAAUCUAUUUAGGCUUCCAGCAUCUCUACAGAGAAUCCAGUCGUGGUCCAAUUGUGGACUUGCUGGUGACGGUGGCGUUUGCAUUUAUGUGGCUGGCUUCCUCUUCCGCGUGGGCCAAAGGCUUGUCGGAUGUGAAGUGGGCUACCAGUCCUACCACCAUUCUGACUUUUCUUGAUGUGUGCAAGGACAACAACAUCAAUUGCACAGCUGGGGCAAUGCCUCACAUGGGCCGACUUAAUGCCUCAGUGAUUUUUGGUUUCCUUAAUGUCAUUUUGUGGGGUGGCAACUGCUGGUUCAUUUACAAGGAAACUCCUUUCCACAAGUCGGCCCAGCCACCUGCUGCAGAUGUGGAGGGUGGUGCUCGACCCUCGUAACUCUUCCAGCUUCUUUAUUCUAUAGUCAUUUUAGCCCUGUGUGUCCUUGUCACGGAGCUCAAAUUAAUUGAAGAAAAGCGGAUGAUUACAAGGUAUAUGGUUAUGGGCUAAAUAGUUGCACUGCGGUUUUAUCAGUUAGUGCCUUAUUACUUACCGUUAAGUGCCUAUAUCAAUUUAUUUAGUUUAUUUCUGACUCAUCGAUAUGAUGACCAAACUUUGACUGUGUAUUAUCCUCAAAUUACCUGGUGUAUGCCAAGGAAAUAUUCAGAAUUUUUUGUUGUCCGUUUUUAUAAAUACUUGUUUCCGAUUGGAUCUCCGAUUGGGGCUCAAUUUUUUGCAUAGGUACAUGAAGCAUUUUUUUUUUUUUUUUUGCAUCUUGUUACAUUAGUCACGCUAUUAUUUUUUUUGUAUUGAAAUAAGCUUUCCAGGCAUUACUGGGCAAGUUUGAAUAUAUAGUGUGAAUGCAGCCUUUGAGUGGCUGCUCUGUUGUCUUUGAAUUUUUCUUCUCAAAUGUAAAUGAUUAGUUUGUACCUGUAUCUAAAAUGAAAUGUUAAUAACUCAACAGCUAAAAUAAGCUUGGACCUUGUUUCAUAUUGUGUGUGAAGGUGUGGACUAACAAUAAUAAUACUGUAGUUAUAGUGUUGGGCACCUAUUGUUCUAUGGAAUUGCCAAAAACAAUUAUUUAGCAAUUGUACUUUUUGGUUCAAUCCUAAAGUGAAGAAUUUUGUGUCAUUUGGUUGCCAAAAUUAGAUUAUUUAAGAGUGUGCAUUUUAGCUCACUUACCUGUUGUUGAUUUUUUUUCUUAAGAUUUGGAUUUUAAGUGGGAUUUUUUUGGGGGUAACGCAUUUGUUUGCACUUGUUUACACGUUUAACUGUUGCGGCUGUUUGGUAUUCUGAUCAUUUUGAAUAUUGUUAGUUUCAACAUCAUUGAAGUGUCCAAUAGUAUUUCAAUUUUUAAAGCAAUUCAUCAUUUGACCAAUAAAGGCAGUUCAGUUGCAAAAUACAGUGUGAGUGCAAUGCAUUUUUCAUUAUCUGGCUUUGUACCACAAUGUUGUUUGUUGUAAACAUUUGCUUAUUCAAUAAAGCUGAA